AUGGGGAGGUUGGCGGCCGGCGCGGUGGCGGGGGUGGUGACGACGAUGGGGUGGGUGGCGGCGAUGGAGGGGGUGACGGAGGAGAGGGUGAUGGGGAAGGUGGAGGGGAAGGUGGAGGCGAAGGUGGAGGGGAAGGUGGAGGCGAAGGUGGAGGGGAAGGUGGAGGGGAAGGUGGAGGGGAAGGUGGAGGGGAAGGUGGAGGGGAAGCUGGAGGGGAGGGUGGAGGAGAGGAUGGAGAGGAAGGGGAGGGUGGAGGGGAAGGUGGAGGAGAGGGUGGCGGGGAAGGUGGAGGAGGGCGUGGAGGGGAAGGUGGAGGAGAGCGUGGAGGGAAAGGUGGAGGGGAGGGUGGGGGAGAGGGUGGAGGAGAGGGUGGAGGGGAAAGUCGAGGGGAAGGUGGAGGGGAAGGAGGAGGAGAGGGUGGAGGGGAAAGUCGAGGGGAAGGUGGAGGGGAAGGUGGAGGGGAAGGUGGAGGCGAAGGUGGAGGGGAAGGUGGAGAGGAAGGUGGGGGAGAGGGUGGAGGGAAAGGUGGAGGGGAGGGUGAUGGGAGGGAGGUGGGAGAUGGGGCCACGGGAGGAGAUGACAACUGCAGCUCGCCAGCUGGUGGACUUGCCUCCAUGGGCCGAGUCGGGCCGAACAUCAGCACCGCCGAUGACGGCGGUGGCUUGGACUUGGGCGGUCGCGGUGGCGGCGGCGGCCUCUUCUUCUUGGGAGCCUUUGGUGGCCUCGGUGGGGGGGCGUUUGGACGUGGCUGCGACGGCGGCGCAAUGGGCCAGUUCAGCUGCGGCGGAGCCAGUGAUAGCCAUAUCGUUAUCCGGUUUUUCCCCAUCAUCAUCAUCAUCAUCAGCAGCAGCAACAUCAGCAGCAGCAAAACGAGGAGCUCCGCCGUUCACCGCUGCUACUGCCAAUGACCCUGCUGCUGCAAUUUCUGAUGCGGAUGCUGAAGCAGAUGCAGUAGAUAGAAGGCUGAAGCGCGUGUUGGGAUUUGUGGUGGGGUCAGUGACGGUUGCAACAGCCAGACCCCUGCAACUGGGGGUGCUGUUCAAAAGCAAGGCGAAGGCCAACAGAAAUAAGACCAUUGCAGAGGCUGAGGAAGAUUAG